AUGUCUAAUAUCCUUAAUGUUUUCAAUCCACCUCCAUCACGAGAUUUAACACCCGCAGAGACUCGAGACUGCAUACCAUGUAAAAUUAUGAGCACACUAUUUGCUUUAGGGUUUGGUACAUAUUUAUAUAGCGGUAAAGCUACGGAAUAUGGCUCAGAAGAAAUCAAAAAGGGAAUAACUCUAAAAGAAUUUAGUAGAAGAAACCCUACCUGGUGGAAAUACUCAUUGAAAGGGAUUGGCGGAUCUUUAAUUUUCUUUGGACUUCUUAGAGGUUCAGAAGGCUGGUUGUGGAAUAUAGCUGAAAAGAAACUACCAGAUGCAAAAAGUGAAAUAUAA